AUGGGGAAGCAGUACAUUUCCACAGUGAACGCCUCGAAUGCUCAUAGGUCGGACAUAUUUGGAGUGGCAAUCACACCAAAGUAUACCAUCACCGUGUCGAGUGACGGGUACGCCAAGUUUUGGGACAACAAGCAAGAUGAACUCACCAAGGCCAACGACAUUAUUGUGCGGUCUGUUUUCGUAGACAAGAGCGGGAUCCACCAUUUGGCAGUUUAUGAGAACAGACUCCCCAGCUCAACCAAAAAGGUAACAAUUGUGGCGUUUGCCUGUUUCAAUGGGCUGAUAUAUUUCAAAUAUUUUGUCGAUGAUGAUUUUGCAACGAUGCAAGACGUGGGUUUCAAAUUGGAGCAGAGCUGGGUGCCGGGUUUCUACGUUGAUCCCGAGAACAAGCAAGACUUUUUUUUGGUAAACAAGAUGAACGGGGCUACAGCGGUGUACCUUUUGAAAGUGACCGACGAGCUGGCUGAUGAUGCCGUGACGAUCAAAUUUGAAAAAUACGGGGACCUCGAGGGAAAUUCCGGGGGAUCAUUCCCCAUUUCCUUGGCUGUGAACCAAACCGAAAACAGGAAAUGCGCCGUUGGCUACAUUGACGGUUCGGUGCUCCUUUACGAUUUCCAGACGCUGAAAUUAGUCUACACAUUCAAAUCUACGGAUUUGGUCGUUAGCACCAACCCCAAGCUCCAAUCUUCAACAUCGGUGCCUAGAGUCUUGGCUUUCUCACCCGGUGGCACGUUGCUCGCUGUGGGGAGAGACAACCAAGCCGCGGGCUCAAUUACUUUGUAUGAUGUUCAAUAUGGUGAGAAUGUCGGUACCUUGUCUACACCUGCGCAUUCUGCCAACAUCAAGGGCAAUGGCGGUGUGGUUGGUGGGUUUGCGCAUCAAGGGUGGAUCAUGGGUCUCGAUUUCGAUGAGAGUGGCAAGCAUUUGGUGAGUUGCGGGUUUGACAAGUGUGUGCGAGUUUGGGACUUGGACACGAGGGAAAGAGAAGCCACUAUAAAUUUGUCGGUGUCUGAUUUUGAUGAUGGUGUCGACGCGGAUGAGCAUCAUGUGAGUGUGGCCAGUGGUGUCAAGUUCAUCAAGAAGGGAGUGAGAGGUGGUGCUGGCAGUGACUCGAAUGAGGGGAUCUGUGUGGUCAGCUUCGAUAGAGGUGUUCGGUGGUAUAGAGAAGCCGGUGGGAUUUGA